CGACGAUCAACACCAGGCAUAUCAAGUGGUGAUGGUUAUGCCUCGUGGUACCUUGAUUUGACUUGAGAGUAGGGAACCUACAAGCCACCAAGCAUCUCCCGAUCCACCUACAGUCCUUCAUGGCCAAUUACUCUUCAUCGAUACUGGUCAGAAAGGCGGAUUCUCACUGCCGCCGGAGUAAAUCGUAUGCUGUUUGCAAUACGUCAUGGCAGGGUGGUAGCACACUCCAUGGACUGGUGAAGUCAUCCCACCACCACCCAUGGUCUUACAAACCCCGGACCAGCGACCGAACCUGACGUCCCUUCAUCGAGAUUUAUAGAAACAACCGUUCCUUUUCAAAUUCCGAGCAGCAGUCUGAUCAGCAUUAUCGAAUCUCCUGGACAUUGUACUCUAUCCAUAGUUCUCGAAUAACCCUGCCAACAUGACCACUGACGGUAUACAACCGUUUCAGCGCCGCUCUUCCUUCCAUCAACUGCAGCUCUCGCACCAAUUCGACAAGAACUCCUGGGAGGCACCUCCAUCGAAGACUAUCUAUGCUGGUCUCUCAGUGCUGUUCGAUGACGAUGGAGUCACUGUAGCCCUCGCAAUUCGCGAUACUACCUAUCUUCUCGACUUCCACCAGAAGGACAUUGUUCCACAAGGUGGCCGGACCGUCUGUGCUGAAAUCACCGACUAUGUGUUGAACCAGUUGCGGGAGUAUAGUGAUGAACGCCUGGAGAAGUUCAUCGGGCUGGCAAUGCCAACUUCAGUGGCUCGGAGAUGCUCCACGCUAUGCUCACGUCUUUGGUCGGAGCUGGAUGUGAUCCCUUUGGUCCUUCCCGAGGAGAGUAAUAUUGGGGUUGAUCACUACGUUGAUCACCCCGUCCGGAAGUCCACUGGCUGGGAGCUCAAAAGCAUCGAUGAACAGGCAGAGUCCAUGGGACGCAAGUGUGUCAGGUUGUUUGGCCCUGAAAAUAUUCCUUUGUUGCAAGUCGGUUUUUUGGGAUUAGUUGAAGUUGACACUGCCUUCCAUGUGCGCCUUACAAACCUGGAGGACUUCCAGAAGACUGUCACACAGAGGACGUGGGAUGCAGUCAAUUACUAUGCCGACGACCUCAAGAACAGAGGCACAAAGAUUGCUUUCUUCAGUGCCACUCCUCAGGGCGGAGGAGUAGCCCUCAUGAGACACGCCCUUGCAAGAUUUUCCUACUCGUUGGGAACUGACAUCAAGUGGUAUGUUCCCAAGCCGCGGCCUGGAGUUUUUCGCAUAACCAAAAACAACCAUAAUAUUUUGCAAGGAGUUGCCGCCCCAGAUGAGCGCUUGAGCAAUGAGGACUGGGAUAAGGUGAUUGAUUGGAUCAAUGAGAAUGCGAAGCGAUACUGGCUCUCCCCUGGCGGUCCCCUGCGGCCUCCUGAGGAGGGAGGCGCCGACGUUAUUAUCAUUGACGAUCCGCAAAUGCCCGCAUUGAUCCCCAUUGCAAAAAAGCUAGCACCUAACCGACCGGUCAUUUUCCGAAGCCAUAUUCAAAUCCGCAGUGAUCUGAUAGAUCAACCUGGCUCCCCUCAGGCAGACACCUGGUCGUGGAUCUGGAAACAGGUGCAGCAGGCAGAUUUGUUUAUCAGUCACCCAGUGAGCAUAUUUGUGCCGAAAGAUGUUCCAAACGAGAUGGUGGGCUAUAUGCCUGCUUCAACUGAUUGGUUGGAUGGUCUGAAUAAGAACAUGCGUGAAGAAGAUGUCGCCUAUUACGGCCGUGUCUUCAACUCUGUUUGCAGAAACUCAGGGAUGAUGACUAUAAACUACCCACAUGACGAGUACAUUGUGCAGAUUGCCCGAUUUGACCCUUCCAAGGGUAUCUUUGACGUUGUAGAUUCGUAUGAGAAGUUCUAUAGACGGUUCACCUCGUCCCUACCCGACAGAUCACCGCCCAAACUGCUUAUUUGUGGACACGGCUCCGUUGAUGAUCCAGACGGCACCGUGAUCUACGAUUCCGUGCUAGCUCACAUCGAGAAGGACCUCCCAGAUCUAUCCGACAAGAUUUGCGUUGUCCGACUAGGGCCCUCAGAUCAGGUGCUUAAUGCACUCAUGUCAAAGGCCAAGGUCGCUCUGCAGCUGUCCACGCGCGAAGGGUUCGAAGUCAAGGUAUCCGAGGCAAUCCACAAGGGUACCCCGGUGAUUGCAACCAAGGCUGGCGGAAUCCCACUACAAGUAGCAGAUAAGAAGAAUGGUUUCCUCGUGGAAGUGGGCGACACAGAUGCGGUUGCACAACACCUGUUCGAUCUGUGCACUGACGACGAUCUUUAUGAGCGGACUAAGAAGUUUGCACUUGAGCAUGUCUGCGACGAGGUCAGCACAGUUGGAAACGCCCUGAACUGGCUGUACCUGUCAUCCAAGCUCUCCAAGAAGGAAGAAGUCAAGCCGCACAAGCAGUGGAUCAACGACAUGGCGCGCAGCGAAGCUGGCCUAGAAUACACCACCGAAGAGAGCCGGCUUAGACGGAUCUCACUGUAAACCUGGCCAACCACCAAUGAGCCACGGAGUAAGAUCGUCAUGCUUCACCAUGACCUAUGUAUCUAGAAUGUUUUCGAUAUAUGUUGCGCACACAGAAUACAUAAAUGAAAGAAAUAAACUAGACCAGGGGGUAUAGUACUAAACAGCCACACACAUGUAAACAGAACAAUCAUAACCAUCAUCAACAUUUAUCCAAAAUCCAGCAAUCACCUCCCAACCAACCUAUAC